AUAAACUCAAUACAUAUCUUAUAUAAAGGAAGAGAAGAAAUACGCAAUCAUUUCUAUAAAGGACUUCAUUUGGGUUUUAUAUCCAAACAAUGGAUACGGUGUCAGAGGAAGACAACUUCGAGGCCUUAUCUCUACUCAAUGAUAAAGUGUUGGUCGAGUCGGCGGCGAACCCAUUGAUGGACGUAUGGUUGGGCGAUGAGUCGACUGUCGAGCAGGUAUUGGAUGUUCCCGUUUGGUCCUACGAGCUGACAGAAGCAAAGUUUGACACUUUGGUACACUUUGAAGAGUUUAUGAUUGAAUGCGAGAAUCUAUUACAACAACAGCUCCUAUCCUAUGAAUACAAUACAUUCAAUUCUUUCCUCCAAUUCUAUCAAAACUUUAAAAAAGCAAAAAAGAGCAACAAAUCACUUCCUCUGUUAGACUUUGUAUCCAACUAUAAGAGUCGUAUAUCGAGAGACAGUCUGUCGUGUGUCGGGCUUUCAAUUUCAUUGAUUCGCAAAUUGCGUCAAAUGUAUACCAGGUUUAGUCGAUCUAUAGCUUUGGUCUCGUGUGAGGAAUCGGUGAAAGAUGUCGGCGCGUAUAGCAUGCAAUCGCCCAAUAAUGUCAAAGAGCACUGUUUGGUCUGCAUUAAGAUCUGCAUUGAAGGCAAGAGAGAGGGAUAUGUUCUCUUAGAUCCGGGAUAUCACGUCUCGCGACCCAUAAUAGUAAUGGAAGAUUUGGUGUAUCCCAACACCUCUUGGUUUACGAGCUCUUCAAAUGACAAAGUAGUGAAGGAAUACUGUUAUCAACUCAUUGACCAUCAGUUCAUUGGUUGGAAGGUUAGAGAAACUAGAAAUGGAUGUCAAGACGAAUGGAUGAAUUUGGUGUACGUUAAGAGACAGUUCGCCAAAUGCCUGACCAUUACUGAGAAACGAUCGCUAAUCUAUUUAUUGAAGUCUCUUGUCAUCCGAAACCGAAAG